CAAUCAACUCAGCUUACUAGCUACACAGCUUAGAAAAGAGCCGACAAUGGCUGCGGGAAUCCGCACUUGAGCCUCAUCAAGUUGCUUUUUUGACAUAUUUGCAACUUGGGAGUUUAUGCUGGUCUGGCUUGCUAUAUAACCAGCACUUCUAUUUUAUAUAUAUACUGAAACUUAUACAUAAAACUCACUUGAAACGACUAUUGUCCCGUUAAUAUAUACAUUUGCACCGAUAGAAAUUCUCCUACAGAACAGAUGGACUCAUGGAAGGUCAGAUUUCACCGGAAUUACAAAAUGCUCUUGAGCUCUAUUCCUCUGCUAUCAAGCUCGAGCAACAAGGAGAGCUCUCGGAUUCUUUAGAAAAAUACAGACAGGCACACAAAUCGCACGAAGAUGUAGAAGAGGUGUACCGAAAAUUGGAAAGAUUGAAACUGGCCGAAGGUAGACGAACUGCUUUUACAGAGGAUGACAAAACAAAGUCUGUGGACUCUUCAGAGGUAAACGCACCCGAUGAGCUAGUAACUCAUCGCAUUAUUUCUGCAAUUGAAAAACUCCCACAAGAAGUCCUGCUUAUAGUUCUUCAACACUGUUUUCGAUCCAUGUCAGAUGUGAAACAGCUUUGCACACUGUCACUCGUCUCUCGUAGAUUUGCUUCCGCUUUACGGUCGGACAUACUAUAUCAACAGUUUUGUUACUACAGCGUUGAGGAUCAUGAAUGGUUUGAGCCAUUGCAUGCAAUAGAACAGGAGGUCAAAGAAUCUUACAACAAUUCAUGGAAGUACAUGUUCCGAAAGAAACCAAGAAUUCGGUAUGAUGGCUGUUACAUUGAUCGUUGUCGCUACUUUCGUGAAGGAACCAGUGAUACCGGUUGGAACCAGGUCGUUCAUCUCAUCACUUACUAUCGGUAUCUUCGUUUUUAUCCCGAUGGUUCCUGUAUCGUGUACCAAUCCCCCAGCGAGCCCAAAGACAUCGUCCGUCUUGUGAACCGAUUUGUCCCAACCUUAUUCACACCGUCUGGUUUCAGUUCUGCAGAAGUUGCUGCAAAAGUCGGCACAUGGUCAAUGUCUCCUUCGGGACAUUUGGUUGUAUCUUACAAUUCAUCCAUACGCUACACCAAUGUUCAAGAACUCCAAGUUCGUGGUCGUCGAUUACACUGGUUAGCAUUUUAUUCCCUUCAUACACAAACAUCUGAGAAGAUUGAUUUUCCCUUGACUCAGAAUCGUGACUAUUUCUUCUCAAAGGUCAGAAGCUAUUCUCUCACAGAAUAAAUCUAAAAGUGUUUCCACUUGUAACAAAACGCCAUACUUCACUUUCUGUAAUCCUCUUACUGUCCGCAACAUUAUUCUUUCCCGGCAUUCGACAUGUUGUUAGUUAUAAUUUCGUACAAACGAAACAUGGGCAAAACGUUAUUAAGCAUUAUACUAAUUUUGAAUCUCUCAAAUUAAAAAAUAACAUGUUUUGAGAAUUUUAUCAGGAAACCAAAAAAGGUCAAACGUAAACAAGAAGGGGAAAAUGAAAU